AUGAUCCCCCCAAAAAUAGCCAGUCUAUCAGACUGGGGCCCAUUCCAGCUCGAUGCACUUGGUCUAUUGACCAUUUUCGGUGCCAAAGAGAUGAACAUCGCGACUGGGAAUUUAGUUCAGAGCUCCGUGACUGAAUGGCUCCCUAUUCUUGGAUCUUACACCGUGGCAAAUAACGACAUCACCAAGCCAGAGCCAGGAUAUGUUUUAUACAACAUUACUGAUGGGAUCAUGGCAACUGAUGUCUCCGCCUGGUUUACACGCUGGAUCUCGACAUUCCCUCUGACAUACACCGCCACGACUAUCCGAUUAAAAGUUGAAAACAAGCAAUUACCCAUCGUGCGCCAAGCAAUUUCCAUCACUAUUGGGCUUUCAGUUAUUGGUUUGUUGUUGAGCAUGGCAAUAGUAACGGCAGAUGCAUGGGGCAUUGCGAACGUCGCUUCCAUGGCCGUCUCAGUCAUUUCCCGCCAAUUUAUAGUCGCCCGUCUUCGGUCUUCUAUCGACCACACCAUCCAGUCCCUAAAGGACGAUCCCGGACAAGAUGUGAAGGUCUUCAUGACCCUGCCUGAUGGCAAGGCGGUCACAAUCUUAGGCCCGCGUUCGAUAGUUGUCAGCUGCUUGUUGACUGAAGCGCAGCCUACCCGACCGCAGUCUUAUUAUGUGAUGCGGAUGGCUUCAUGGGCUGCAUUUGGUGCGCAUGCCAUCACGCUCGGCAUGAGCGAUCUCUUCAACCAGAUUUUGACCGUCGUUAUUCUUCUUCUGGCGACUUAUCUGACGGCGACACAUGUUGGAGGUUGUCGAGAGGCGAUUGGUGCUCGAUUAUAUCUUGAUGUUGAUAUGGGAGACCCGGGUUUGCCCCGUGGUGCGGCUUAUUCGAGGCUGGAAAUGUCAACUACGGAAGAGAAUUGCAUGGUUCACUGGAGUAUGAUGCCCCAACGGUCGAAUGUAUGGUGGUGGGAUAGAUAUAAACGACUAUAUUCAACCAGUCAGACUUUUAUCACGAAGGAGAUGGAAGGGAACCCAAAAACACGGAAAUCUGGUAAAGAUAACUCUCACAAUGUUUAA